AUGGCUUUCCUGUGGGUAGUUGCCUGCCUGGCCCUUGCCAGCGCCGUCUCAGGCUGCGGGGUGCCCGCCAUCAGUCCCUCGGUGGCCUACAGCGAGAGGAUUGUCAAUGGGCAGAACGCCGUGCCCGGCUCAUGGCCCUGGCAGGUGUCCCUGCAGACCACCACAGGAUCCCACUUCUGCGGCGGCUCCUUGAUCAACCAGUACUGGGUCGUCACAGCUGCCCACUGCAACUUCAAUACCUCUCACAGCCCACGGUCCCACGUUGUUGUCCUGGGGGAAUACAGCCUUACUUCCAACAGCGAGCCCGUCCAAGUGAAGACCGUGUCCAGGGCCAUCACCAACCCCGGCUGGAACCCCAACACCAUGAACAAUGACAUCACCCUGCUGAGGCUGUCCACGCCUGCCCAGCUGGGGGCCCGUGUGUCCACCAUCUGCCUGGCCCCUGCCAACCUGGCUCUGCCCUCCAACGCCUGGGCUGUCACCACCGGCUGGGGACGCACCAACCCCAACUGUACGUGAGCUGCAGCCUCAGGGAGGGCUGUGUGUAGCUGCUCUUCUUCCUUGGGGCUCUGAAGGUCCAGGGGUGCUUGUGGGGGGGGGGUCACAUCUCCUGUACGUGUGGGAAGGGGGAGAGCUGGGCAGUGGAAUAGCCCUGUCUGUGUGUACCAGUGUGCACACAGGUGCAGGUGUGUGCUCAGGGGCUGGGUGUGUGUAACCCAGGGAUGGCUGUGCACAGGCACAAGCCUGCCCUUUCUCUGGGCUGCCUGCAUGAGGUAAUCCUGAGGGAGAAGGGGUUUGUUGGCACGGAGGAGGAAGGCACUUUGUAUGGUAGCAUCCGUGCACCAGGGAAAGCUUGCCCAGGGCACCUGUGUGCACUGCAGGAGACCCACAGACACUGAGGUGAUCUAAUGGUGCUUCUUUCCCCUAGCCCAAGCCUUGGCAUCAGUCCUGCAGCAGGUGACCGUGCCCCUGAUCUCCCAGAGCCAGUGCAUGCAGUACUGGGGCAAUCAGAUCACCAGCUCCAUGAUCUGUGCCGGUGGGGCUGGUGCCACCUCCUGCCAGGUAAGGAGCCAAGUUCCUGCUGCACAGGGUGGGUGGAGGAGGAUAUGAGGGGUCUUGCUGAGCUCCCAUUGCAUCACAGGGAGGGUGGAGGAGCAGGGGACACAGGGUCUUGCCCUUAUGGACCCAGAUAUUUAAGCCCCAACACCCGGCUGUGCGC